CACCUGUCAAUGCCAUGUUAUCAGUAGUGCUGCCAUCUGCGUAGCUGACGGAACAACGGGCAUUUCGUUUUUAAAUCCUGAUCGAUCUAUGAUUCCCGCUUGACUCGCAAGAUGUCGUCCCGACGGGAGUCUACGGGAGUCACUCGUCCUCGUCCUCGAUCGCGUCGCUCGAUCGCUCACGUACCUCGAACCAGGACGGCGACUGCAGGCGAUAAAGAGAAUGCCACUCUGGACAUUGGCGCCCCGAAAACGCGCGAUGAUUCGGCCAAGUCUGCAGCGAAAGAAAAGAAAUCCCGCAGCAAGAGCUUGGGGCCGGGGGGUCUAGAUGCCCUCCAAGACUCGAAUGGCAAUCGACGCAAGUCUACCACAGCUUUCCCCCUCAAAUCUAUCCUUAAGCCUACAGUCCCGGUAUCGCCAGUUCGCAACAUACCCACCUUCGAGGAGACUCGGAGACGCACCCCGGCGCGCAGGCAACAACAGGAAGAGGAAAAUAAUCAUGGCGCGAAUGAUGGAGGGAAUGAGGACUUGCUGAUUGAUUUGAAUACGCCGGCCCAUCCAUCAGCCUCUGCCUCCGAAGAACGCGCCAACCCGUUCGACAGCUUCAAUGCUGAGGCAAUUCGCGACGAAAUGGCAGCUGCGAGAGAACGGGAGGAGAAGGAGAGGGCGGAAAGGGAAAGAAAGGCAAUCCUUCAACAAAGAGAGGCUCGCCGGAAGUCCAUGGCAAACCGCCGAGUUUCCUUCGCGCCAGAGGCAACGCUGCAUACUUGGAACGUGGUCGAAAUUCCCGACGACUCGACCUCGUCCUCCACUUCGAACUCCACCAGACGUGCAUCGUCUCUACAGAAUGCCGAAAACCAGCCGCCAGCACAAGCGCCAGCCCAAGAAGAGCCCUCCUCUCCCGACGAUGUCGACUCAGACAUCACUUUCUCUCCGGUGAAAUACCAAGACUUGCAACAACUCGCAAGUCGCCCCCAACCUUCAAGCUAUGACGCCAUGGGUUCCUCCCAGGAGAUGUCCUCGAGUCCCUUCAGUGGAAGUUCCGUAGGCGGCAGUGAAGACGCUGGGAUGCCAAGCCCAGCGAGGGAUGACGAUGAGAGUUCAUCGGAUUCCGAAUUCGACGGCGAGAGUACUGCAAUGAGCAUGGACGAAACCGUGCGAUCGUCUGCGACGAUGCAAUCCGAAGCAUCUGAACCUACCUCCUCUAGCGCUCGCCUAAACGACGCUCUUCAGCAGGCCGCCCGAGAGGCCGGGAAGGAGGGAAUGGACCAAUAUGACAAUGGCGAGAUGUCAAUGGAAAUUGCCGACCAAGAGAUUACCGGCGCUUUCCAGCCUUGGAUUAAGAAGGGCCAAAGGCAAAGUUUUGAUUGGGAGGACAUUAGUGCUCGACAUGACCAAGAAAAUGCCCCUCCCCGUGAGGCGGCCGAUGACUUCGCUCACUCCGACGCUGCAUCUGAUGACAUCGAUGAAGAAUUAAGUAUGGACGUGACAAGCGCCAUCGGACGCAUUCUGUCAAAACCUCAGAGUCGUCGCCAAAGUGCCGUUCGUCGCAAAUCGGUGUCGGAAGAGACCACUUACGAUGAACAAACAAUGGAGCUUACAAAUGUUGUCGGAGGUAUAACCCUAUCGACUCCUGCAAAGUCAGUGGGUGGCGACAGCAACGCAAACGAUGAUGAAGAGAUGACUAUGGAGUUUACGACGGCUGUUGGGGGUGUUUUGAACCAAGAGUCUCCGUCAAAACAUGAUGGCGGGGAUGAUGCUCCAAUGGAGACAGACACUCCGCAAACCAAGAAAGCAAAUGGUUAUGGUUGGGAUGAAGAAGCUGAUAUGGAUGAGGGGAUGGACAUGGAAAUGACAGGAGCCGUUGGUGGCAUUCUUCCGGCUGCUCAGGAAGAAGAGACAGAGUCACAAGACGACGAUCAGACUACCGGCAUGGAUGUUACGACGGCCAUGGGCCAGAUAUUACCCCCGAAUGGCGAGGCCGAUCAGCGCGAAACAGAAACAACAACCGAACGCGAAGCCGUCCCAAGCACGAUGGACAACUCGCCUGUCCGGGAUGCCCAGCCAUCGCCCGCGAAAACCCCGGUCUCUUUCCAUCUCGCAGCUGUCGCCUCCGAAAGUGGUAGCCCCAGCUUGGCCAGUGUCAGAACCCGCCGCACAAGGCAGAGCUUAGGCCGUCGAGCGUCCACUACGCCUACUUCCAACGCGCAGCAGUCAUCUCCCCAUGAAGGGCUGCCUGCAGAGCACUUGACGCCACAGGCUGUUCAUCCCACGACACCUGGUAAAACACCACCUUCGACCGGGAGGCAGCUCCGAAGCGCAUCCCCGAGAAAACUUUUCCAGCCCGAACUUGGACAGUCGACAAACCAGCGAAAGUCCCCUGGCCGUAAGAGCCUGUUUGGAUCCAGUGCCACCGGCGAGUCUACCCCUCGUUUCGUGUUGCAGCCUCACGGCAAAAAGAGACGGUCGUCUGGCCUUGGGAUCGAUAAGGAGGGACUGGGCUCGCCCCGGGUGGCGGCUCUGCUUGACAAACGGCGGUCAAUUGGGGAAGAUUCCCCUGCGUUCAUUCCCCAGGAACAGAGGCCACAGGGCGUGCGUUUCGAAGACCCCAUCAAACUCCAGGAAGAGGUCGACCAAGAGCGCGAAGAGGAAGAGAACCGGGAGGAUGGGCAUAUCCCGCCGAUGCACCCCAGUGAACGCGAUGCCACCGCGAACCUAAAGGACAUGAUUUCGAGCCUGACGCCCAAGAAGAAUAAGCUCCGUGGCCGCAAGAGCUUGCAUGUUGGUGCUGCGCGCGGAGUACUCGGCAAACGACCUUUGGAGCUGGAUCUAGAUGAUGAGGAUGUAGACUCCGAUCAUACGCCGAAGCGCCUUAAAGGCCGUCCAGCUAGUCCGGUGAAGAAGAUCCAUCUUCCGGCACCACCCUCAAAGGAUGAAACCGUUGGUCGUCGGACUCCUCGCAAAGAGCGCGACACGACCCCUCAGUUCAGCACGACACCUCUUCAGGACCCAACGACGAGUUCUGUUUCAGUGGAGAUUGCCAAGGGUACAACGGACUCUCCGAAUGUCUCUGACCUGCAGCCGCAGGAAGAGGCAAGCGCAGGUGCCGAAGAACCUGUACCAGAGUCCGAGCCUAUACAACUGCAGGAGUUCUUGAACAUGACCAACAUCCACUUCAUGGAGCUUACCACGACUAAGAGACGGCAUACGACCGUCCUGGACAGUGCUAGCAAGAGAGUAGCUAGGCUGUCUAGUGAGAGUGCGGACAGAUCUAGUGCCGCUAAUUUCGAUGAUUGUGUGGCCGCUGGGCUCUGUACAGUUCCCAUGCUUGAGCUGUACCAACAUUCUUGCCGCGAGCUGAAAUCCUACAUUUCAGAAGGGCGACAGGUAAUUCGGUCCAUCGAGGCCGAGACUUUUGCGGAUAACCCACCCCUGUUCCGGGAGUACAUGACGGCAGCGCCGGACAUCCGUCUUCUGAUGGACAACCAAUUCCGAAACGUGAAAACCCAUGCCAGGUUCCUCAGCAAAGCCACAUGGUAUGAGUGGCGCAUGAAACUCCUCGAGGGCCUGAAGGAGGGGCUCGACCAGCAUUACGGGCAGAUGAAAGAGGACGAGCAGCUUGUAUCGAGAUAUGAGGCCCUCAUCGACGAGGCUGUACCUGCACUUGAAAACAAGCACAGCUCGUUGCAGGAGGAAGCGACGAGCCUCCAACAGAUGGCGGACGAGAUGGAAAAUUAUGACCAAGAUGAACUGCGCGAUUCUCGGGAGAAGCUGGCCCAGGUCGACGAGGAAAUUGCGGCUAAGAAGCAAGAGCUGCAAGCCAUGCAGGAAGCGGUGCAAGACAGAGCCGACACCAUUGAAACCGGAGCUGAGCUCAAGGCGGAGUUCGUGGCGCAAAUCCAAGAAGCGGAGAGAGUCAAGGAAGAAUGUCGUGGCUGGAGCGCCAAGGAGAUCAACGAGCUCAAGGACUCUGUUCGUACCAUCGAGUCCCAAACGGGCUGGUCGAUCGCCUCGGCCGUUUCAACUUCCGAUUCCUCCACCGGUCCCCGAGUCACCAUGUCCUACCGUAACCAGCUCCAACUGGUAUUCCACCCCGGAAGCUUCUACAUCGAGAACGACAACAAGCAACCCGCAGCUAGCGAAAAGUCCAGCCCGCCAGUAGAACUCCGAUUCCAGCCCACCGAAGGAGCCAACUCCACACCACACCACACACACCUCACCCCCAUCGGCUCCCUAGUCCUCAAGACCCUCCAAAACCACAUCUCAACCACCCCGCCGUCCAACCUCGCCCCCACCCACCUCCUCCGCUUCGUCUCCCAAGCCUGGGACUCAACACUCAAGCUCGAAGAAGAAGCCCGCAUGCUCGAAUUCUGCGGCGUCACCAAACUCAAACUACGCGAAAUCGACGCCACCCCCUCGCUCAGAGCCCGCUGCACCCUAUUCGAAGCCCGCCCAAAGAACAACAGCAACGAUGCCGCGCCCAAGCGCAUCGACGUCGACUUCGCCGUCAAGGCGCGCAUCACGCGCACAGACCAGCCCGGCGCAAUCGGCGUGAUGGACUUCGACACGGACGUCAUCGCCAGUAAAGUCUACGGGUUCGGAUCCGGCAACGGCACGGGCAUUUCGGAAAACAAGAUGCGAAAUAUCCUCAACAAGGAGAUGGGCGGGAAGAAGGCGGCCUUGCAGCUUGGGAAUGGCAUUUGGAGUAAGGCGAUCCAAGCGCUUACUGGGACGGUAUUUUAGGGGGGUUAACUCUGGUGUUAUACUUUUAAUUGUUCUGGUUUUAUUUCACUUUUCUAGUGUGCGCGGUUUAGCGCUGGCGUUUUGAAUGGACGGGUGGAUGACGGAUGGAUGGAUAUGGUUUUCUCGUGCG